GGAAGGGGAAGGCGCGUGGGGGGGAAUGGAGGGGGAGGGCCCGGAGGCCUCGGCCCGGAGCCCCGAGGAGCCCAGUGGGGCGGCCCCGGGUCGGCGGCGCCCGAAAGCCGCCAAGAAGCGAAAGGAAGCGGCGGCAGCCAUCCCGCGGGGCAGGCCCAAGUCGGGGCGGGUGUGGAAGGACCCCGGGAAAAAGAGGUUCUCACACAUGAUUCAGGACAAAGCCCUUCGUACCUCCUGGGCGAGGAAGAUGAAGGAACGACAGGAGAGGAAGCUCAUCCGGGACCUGGCACGGCAGCUUCAGGAGGGAAAACAGAGAGAGCGAGAGGAAAAGAAACGGCGACGGGAGGAGAACCUGAAGCGGCGCCUGGAGAAUGAGCGGAAGGCGGAAAUUGUCCAAGUGAUCCGGAACCCGCUGAAGCUCAAACGGGCGAAGAAGAAGCAGCUGCGGCGGGUGGAGAAACGGGACACGCUGGCCCUGCUUCAAAAAACACCCGUGCGGCGCAAAACAAGCGCGGAGUGAGCUAGGAGACGAGGCACCGUGCUGCCCGGCCCAGCCAGCCGGGAUUUCUGGGGUUCCCGGUCCUCUUUGAGGGUUUUUCCUCAUCUUGGGGGUCAGGAGUCGCUGCCCGGGCCCUCGGUGUUGGACAGACAGCGGGACAGAGCCGAGACGGGUUACGCAGCGCCACGACCCGCAGGAACCGGCUUCUGGAUCCCCCCCCCCACACACACCCCACCUGGGGAAGUUGGGGUGUUGCUGGCAGCUGGAAGAACUGCUUCACCUGCCCAAAUUUGCUUUUUCUUGAUAAAAAUUAAUAGGAACUGA